CGAGAACGCGCAGCUUCAUGCGGUUAGAAUAAAGAAGAAAAGACAAAAAAAUAAUAAUAAUAAUAAUAAUAAUGAUGAGCUGAUGGUUGAAGAAGACACGUGGCCGAGACUGAACCCUGUAUUAGAGAGCGGUAUUAUAUUUUUUUAAUCUGAGUUCGGUUCUGCGGUCCUCCGGUUUCCCGGUUCUCCUCUCCGCUCCUCUGCUCUUUGUCAGCGGGUUUACGCACAGAGCCGGGCGCGUUGACCGAGGAGAGGCUGGUUAGUUCAAACAGGCUGCUGUAAGGUCAUUGCCUGCUUUGUUUAACUGAUUUUUUUUUAUCUGUGGACCUCGGUCAAUUUUUACCCGGUGGAUUUUAUUCUCUUUGUCUGAAGGAAGAACUGAUGCUGCGGUGAUCAGAGCAGUCACUGGAUCUUCUCUCUACAAUUAUCGUCCCUUUUCAUCUGCCGGAGCCGGAAACACUGCUGCUGAUGGGAUUUCAUCCACAUUUUAUUUUAUUCUAUAUUUUUUAGAUAUUAAUAUUUCAACUACCUGAUCUGUUUUUCACUUUGAUUGGAUCGCCUGUUCUUUGGUCUCGAUCUGGGUCGGAACCGGCACCAUGCCUGAGUAUGUGUCGGUGUCAGAGUUCGUGCAGGAGGUUCAGGAGGACUGGAGCUCCCCCACCACCUCCUCCUUCACCUCCAAGAUGAUGAGCUGCAGGAACACUGUCUACCUGCUGGAGGAGGCUCUGGAUAGUGAUCGACUGGUGCUGCAGAAAAUGAAGAAAGCUGCCAAAGCUAAAUACACAUCAGGGCAAGACCAUGUGUCUCACCUGGAGCAAUAUAUUAAUGCAAUGGAGAAGCUCUCAGUCAACUGUCACUCAAACGGAGAGGCAGAGGUUGGCUCUGCCUUCUACCGCUUUGCAGACUUUUCCAAAGAGCUCAUCUCUCCGAUGAAGAACCUGCUGAAGAGCAUGCUCUUCAACAUCAACUUCUUCCUGGACUCUCUGAUUAAAGGAGACCUGAGGGAGGUGAAAGGGGAUCUGAAGAAGCCGUUUGAACGAGCCUGGAGAGACUACGAGAGCAGAUUUAAGCAGGUGGAGAAGGAGAAGAGGGAGUUGGCCCGUCAGUAUGGUAUGGUGCGGAGCGAGGUGAGCGGAGGGGAGAUUGCAGAGGAGUUGGAGAAGGAGAGACGCUCCUUCCAACUGGGCAUGUGCGAGUAUCUGAUCAAAGUGAAUGAGAUUAAGACCAAACGAGGAGUGGACCUGCUGCAGAACCUCAUCAAACACUGCCACAGUCACAACAAUUUCCUGCAGGAGUGUGUUUCCACCAAUCAGAAGUUAAAGCAGUACAUGGAGGAGCUGAAUGGAGUACUGACCACGGUGAAGCAGCGUCACGAGGAGGAGAAGAGACAAUUGUGUGCCAUCAGAGAUCAGCUGAGGCCUGUGGUCCACACUGAACAGUUUUCUCUACCCAAGCAGGUUUACAGCAUGCAUCAGCUGCUGGGAGACAAACAGUACGGAACAGAGAGAACAGGAUUUCUCUACAAGAAGAGUGACGGGUUGAGGAAGAUGUGGCAGAAAAGGAAAUGCACCGUUCACAACUGUUACCUGACCAUUGCACAUGCAACCCCUAAUAAACCCCCCACCAGACUCAACCUGCUCACCUGUCAGGUUAAACCCAGCGUGGAGGACAAGAAAUGCUUCGACCUCAUCUCCUAUAAUCGGACCUACCACUUCCUGGCUGAAGAUGAGGCUGAGUGUGUAGCCUGGAUCUCAGUGCUCAGUAACAGCAAGCAGGAGGCUCUGAGUGUAGCUCUGGACGGUGGGAGGAAAGGGGGAGGAGUGGGAGAGAGCAGUGUGGAGGAUCUGACCCGGGCAAUCACUGAUGACGUCAUACGAAUGCCGGGAAACAACAGCUGCUGCGACUGUGGAGCUCCAGAUCCCGGAUGGCUUUCCACAAACCUGGGAAUCCUGACAUGUAUCGAGUGUUCAGGGAUCCACAGAGAGAUGGGAGUCCAUGUCUCCAGGAUCAAGUCCUUAAGUUUGGACAGUCUGGGAACUUCAGAUCUGCUGUUGGCCAGGAGUGUUGGCAACUCUGGUUUUAAUGAAAUCCUGGAGUCGAACCUUCUGAGUCCGUCACUGAAGCCCUCACAACACAGUCAUAUGUCAGAGCGUAAAGGGUUCAUCCUGUCCAAGUAUCAGGACGUUCAUUUUGUCAGACGGAGUCACAGCUCGCCCGCAGCUCUGAGAAUUGGCCUGCAGGAGGCGACAAAGAGCUGUGACAUCUACAGUCUGAUCCAGCUGUACGCCCAGAGGACAGACUUGAGUCAAGCUUUGCACACACACAUACAGGAGAAAGGAGAAACUGCUCUCCAUCUCGCCGUCUUAUUGGGUGACAGGACGUCUCUGCACAUCCUGGACUUCCUGGCUCAAAACUGGUCCGAUGUUGAUGCACAGACGUCAUCAGGAAACACAGCCCUGCACUACAGUUGUCAGCACAACAAGACGGACUGUGUGAAACUGCUGCUGAGGGCCAGAGCCAACAUACACAUCAAGAACGAGAUAGGCGAGACGGCCCUGGACGUUAGCCGCAGGUUAAAGCACAACCAGUGUGAGGUGCUGCUCCAGCAGGCCCAGUCUGAUCAGUUUGACCAUCAUGUUCACGUGGAGUACGAGUGGAGGCUCCGUCAUGAUGACCUCUACGACAGUGAUGAUGACUAUGAAGAUAAGAACGGUCCUAUAAAGAAGGAACGCACCUCCUUCUCCUCUUCGUCCUUCACCUCGUCCUUUUCCUUCACCUCCCGUCCCUUUGGCUUAAGCCAGACCACGCCAUCCCCUGCAGCCCCACCCUGUUCUGGAGCAGCAGGAGCCGGAGGAGGUCUCCUCAGUGUAGGGAGGAGGCUGGCCAUGGCCAUGGAUCUGCACAGCAGGACCACCGGCUCUGUUCCAAGUCCUCCUCCACCUCCUCCAUCCUCACCUGCUCCACCACUGCCACCUAGGGUCAAAGGUGGUUACCAAGCUCCAGGUAUUCCACCACCUCCUCCUCCCCCCUUAGGGGAGGGGUUGGAUGGAGAAGGGGAGGAAGACGGGGAGGUGUUCUCCCCUCCAGCAGGGGGAGGCAAGAAGUCGACCUCUGGUGCUGUCCGACACAAGAGGAGUGGCUCAGAGUCCAGCACUCAUGAUUACGGCUUCCCAAGUAGCCCGAGGCUCUACAGUGGUCCAGACUCCUCUUUUAAGAAGUGUGUUCCGGCUUCUCCACUUGGCUCCCUGAAAGAACGGCCUCACAGAGGCGUCCGGAGGGCAGACAGUGAUAGUAGCUCCUCCCACUUCCUGCAUCCUGCUAGCAAAGCUCCACCCAGCGAGUCUCCCACCAAACAUCGCUCCCAGAGCUUUGAGAGUGACCACAGAGGCCCCGCCCCCCAGCCGCUACCUCGCAGAUCCUUGCCUCGAGGAACCACAAGUCGUCGGGUUCAGGCUCUGUACGACUGUGAGGCCGACCACAAUGAUGAGCUAAGCUUCGCUGAGGGACAGGUGCUGGUUGUUCUGGGGCAGGAGGACAACGACUGGUGGCAUGGUUACAUAGAGGAUGAACCAGACCAAAGAGGUCUGUUUCCGUCGUCCUUUGUGCAGCUCCUCUCAGACUGACACCGAACCAGAUCAGGAAUAAAUUCUGGAUCAGCACAAAGUCAGGAAUACCAGACCAAACGCACACCAGGUUUCUGCUGAGCAGGAGGAGCUCAGUCCGUCAUCGUGGAAGAGGCAGGUCAGAGAUCCGGCCUUGAGUAGCUCCAGGAUUCUGUGAGUCACAUGAUCACAGUCCAUGCUUCCCUGUCACACAUUGACUUUUAGUUUUCAACUUCUCGGCUGGACUCAUCUCUGAGCUCUGAUGUGAUGUGGGUCACCUGGAGAUGGUCGCCCUCAGACUGACGACCUGAGGCUCCAGACUGUUGUUGACUUUUAUUUGACUUUUUUAUUAACAAUAACUGAAAAAGAAAAUCAGCACAAAGACACAGACAGGACACUGACUCUAGUUUAAAAAUGAACAUUUGCUCUGAUGUAAAAUGGAUAAUCUGAAAACCUGAUCAAAUACAAUGUACCGCGGCCCAACACUUGACAAAGAUAUGUUGAUAAACAUGUUUCACACCAAGCACCUUCUCAAAAAGAAAAUAUAUAUAACAUCUGUCUUAAUUUUUUUAUUUUGAUUUUCUCCCACCUCUGAAUAGCCACCUAUUUGGAAUUUAAAUAUUUCCAGUACAAUUUUAUAAAUUUGAUAAAGUUUGGAAUGUAGCAAUAAGAAGUCAGAAAAAAAACAUACAAACAGAUGACAGCUUUAAAUUUAGUUCUAUUGUUUAAAAAUACACACUGACUCUUUUUGCCAAGGACUUGCGGUGUCUUCUACUGUAGGUGGCGCCACCAACCAAAGGAUUUAAAGAAACAAGUAUCUUCACUUUAAAUCAAAUUAGACUGGAUUUGAUCUGCUCCUGUGAAGUCUGAACAUAAAUCAGUUCUUCCCACUGCCUGUAAUGUCAGUGAUGACAUCAGCGUGUUAUUGCAAGGGAUGCACCAAUACCAGAAAUAGGUGUGUGUAUGUGGUUGUAGGAAAUGUGUUUUGUAAAAAUACUACUCUUGUCUGGACACUUGUCCUGAUGUGGAUAUUUGCAUGCGAGACAGUAUUUAAUGUUUGAGAUUUGGUUUGAAGUUUGGAUUAGAUGUUAGAGUCGAGGGAUUAAGAUUAGACAUAAAGGUGUAAUAGUUAAGAUUAGGGUAAAUUACUACGGAAUUAUGUCUCUCUCUGAGUGUGUGUAUACUGCUGUGUAGUAACAACAACACAAUUGGUCGCUUCACUGGGCUCACUGUUCCGUUACCCACACCAAUCAUAGACAGAGGAAUGCCAGUGAUGCCUUCACUGUCCUACGACAAAUGGAUUCAAAGCUAAAUCCUUCAGUUUCUUAAGUCACCUGUGAAUGACAGCUGGUUUUGUUGUUCUUAGUGUUCAAUAUAAGGAGCCGGGUCACAGACACCAUGAUGGGAGCAAAUGUGACUUAGCUGUUGGAUUAGCUGCACUGGCAACAAUCAUCAGGCAAUAAAAAGAAAAAUACAAGAACAAUAGUAAAAAAUUAAUGAAUGGACGUUCUGAGAGUUGUUGGCUUUUUUAUAACUGUAAGUACGAUGUGAUAUAAAUACAAUGAAAAGCUAAAUAUGUUUUGCAGCUGGUAUGAACAUUCAGAAGGAUUCAUUAAAAAAAUCUUGAAUAAAUAGGUUGAUUGCAUAUUUAAUAUGUUGAAUUAUGACUCAUGACUUUAGCUGUAGUUUACCUCUAGCUGUAAGUGCUGGUUUUGGUGCAUUCUUUGACAAUAUACUGUAACUCUUUUUUUCCAAUGUCAUGUCAAUGAUGUCAGUUUGUCGCAUUGGAGCAGAAGUCCUUCCGUCCACUCAAACAUCUGUUCCACUGCCUUCUGUAACUCAGUGCAGUCUGCCAUGUAACAUUCCUUCAAUCCUGACAAAAAUGUUUUGUCUUUUUUGCCAAACUCACAAAAGCAACACACAAACACACACACACACACACACUUACAAUAUAUAUAAAAGAACUAAAGCACAUUUAUUCUUCCAAACUGCACUUCCAACAAACUCUCCAAACCCUGAUGUUGGACACUUUUCUCCACAUCAGGGCUGCUGUUUUAGUAAAGACAGCUAAAAACAGGGAAUUCAAUAUUAUGGCUUUGUUUUGUCAACACAAACAAGUUUUGGGGGGAGGAUGGGACAGGGGUUGCCUUUCUUUGUAAGCCAUCUAAGGAGCUUAGUUGUAAACAACUGGACUUCUUCUUGGAGCUUGAAGGAUGGUUUGAGAAGUAUAACUACUAGUGUUCCCUGUUACCUCAACCAGAUACUAAUGAAGUUCCUCAGUUGAGGAACAAAAUGUCUUUCAAGCUCCAAGAAGAAGUCCAGGUGCUUACAACUUAACUCUUUGGAUAACAUGACCUGGAUGAAUGAGAAUCUUCACAGACAUACUGUAUCUUACUUUGGGAGCGCUCUUCAGCCAAACCAAGUAUUGGUGAUUUAAAGGGAAUUCUUUUUGUGAGAUGAAGUCAUUUGUCACCUCAAAACAGUAAUAAACACUGUGUCACUGGGUUCAGGUACACAAAAAACCCACAGAAAUCACAAAGGAUGAAAAACAAAUGUACAGUCAUCUCAGUUUUUUGGAUUCAAAGUGACAGCGGUGGGAUUCGAUGUUUCUAAUGAAUGUCAGUGUUUGGUGUGUUUAGCGUUGAAUUAAUGAAUGAAUAAAUGAGUGAAUAAAUGAUCAGCAGCUUGUUUUGUACUUCCACUGAUGUGCAUUUAUAUAAUUUAAAUUGGUUUUAAAUGAGGAGAACAAUUCCCAAACUACCAAGUGACACUUUAAUUGCAAAUUAUUUUUAAAUAAUACACUUCAUCACAAACUACAGUCAGUGCUGGGUACAAGAAACUUUUGUUAUGACCUGCUGCACAGUUGAUACUCAGCCAGACUCUCCGUCUCUGGCAACAUUCCUGAAGAGUUCAUUCCUAAUGGAACAUCCAUUCCAGUAUUUUUCUGUCUGUGCAGUACUACACUGACACAGCUGGAUUUUCCUUAAACAGUGUUGACAGGUCUGGAUGUUGGUUACUGUCUAUUAUGAGUUAAUAAGAGUUAUUUAUAUUACUAGGGGACGCACAUGGACAGAGAGAGAGAGGGGCUACAUCCAACUUUCAUGCUGCCCACAGAUGUAGACUAGGACACGUGUGUGUGUGAAGUGAAGAGCAGGCAACAUAUGAAAAUGAACACCUGUUUCGGUAAUGAUUAAUACAUUUAAAUAAUGACAAUGCAUGUUUCGGUAAUGAUAAUAAUUCUUAAACAAGUUAUAUUAAACAGAUUGUAGGCCUAAAAAUGCAAGUUUAUGUCCCAAAACAUGCUGCCAAGUGACUACUUUUGUAAGGUCUGUCUGCUGUGUGGGGUAAUCAGUAUCGUCACACUCACCUGUGUCUCUGUGUCUAGUCUCACUUGUGUCUCCCGGUCUCCUGGGUAUAUCCUGCGUACCUCUCUCCCUCAUUGUUCUCUGUGUGUUCUGAGUCCAUGCUGGGUCUUCUGUGUUCAUGCCCUGAUGGAUACCAACACCUGAAAAAAGUCUCCCCAGGACUACAUUUGGGUCCUGCCUGCUUCCUGCCAUAUCCGUAGCAAAACGUGACACCUAAACAUGUAAAUAUAUCACAAAAACAAAUAAGCAAGUUUAUGUCCCAAAACAUGCUGCCAAGAAAGUAAGUGGUGGCAAAAACUCCAAAAAAAAA